AUGUUUUCUACUACUUUUUCAUCACUAUCAUUCAACCCUGCCCGUUUGCGGUCAUACGUACUGCGACUUCCACUUUUCACUCGACUUGCUAUUCUAUGCAUUAUGGUAUUUUGGGUGUUGAGUUUACAAACAGUUUGGGACGUGCCGAGAUGGGGGGCACUAGUGCCUAGUGAUAUCGGCCCUGCGGGAAUGUAUCGAAUCAACACCUAUCCCAUCGUCCACGCUGGAUUUAUACAUGCCUUUAUAAACGUGUUGGGAGUAACGCCUCUACUUGAAAGGUUUGAGGCUGAACAUGGCACACUUACUUCUCUGGCUAUGUUUGUUGGCCCACUCUCAACCUUACCGGCGGGCAUCUACGUUCUACUCGCAAAAUUCGUUCUUCGAACUAAUACUGGUGUUCUCGGUUCAAGUUCGUGGUUUUAUGUUCUCCUCAGUUCCGAAGCUAUAAAAAGAUUUCAAACACAUCCUCAUAUUAGCUUGGGGAAAUAUCAAAUCCCAACCUGGACAUUUCCGCUUAUUCUCAAUGCCGUGGCGUCGAUUUUACUUCCCAACAAAGCGUUUAUUGGUCACACGUGCUGCAUCGCUGUUGGAUAUAUCCUUGGACUUGGAUACUUGAAGUUCUUAUUUCCCCCAGAAAAGGUACUUCGGUGGCUUGAGACGAAAUUGAAUUUACUGGGAAGACUACCUCAUUACGUUUCUGUGGAUCAGAAAACCUACGGUCGAUACGGUAUCCUACCAACUAAUGGUGUUGGAGACAGGAGCAUAAAAUUGAACUACGUAGGGUCAUCUCAAAGGUUAGGUCCCUGA